GCGAAUAUUAGUUCCUCUUCCUUAGCGGUGUUUAUUUUCUUAGCAGGCUAAGAUAAUAAUUAUUCCAGAUUAAUGUUUUUGGUACACUCAAUAUACUACGUGCAAUUAAGUGUACAAAGUUCGAUCCGCAACCGCGAUAUUUUUGGGUUAAAGGAACUGAGCCCUGAACAGUUUACCGUGAAAAUCACAAGGAGCUAACUUGCGUUAGCUGAGCUAGCGCUAACAGUGAUAUUAUUAGCGGACUGUUGCCACUUAAAGUUAUCAUUAAGAGUAGAAAGGACCGCGGAAACCCAGGCAGUAGGUCUGACUCGAAAUUCUGUUUCUGUUACACCAUGGAAGCAGUGGAACAUCGAAGUGACAAAAAUCUCCCAGACAGUGACAUGUCUGUCUCUCACUUCUGUUCAAAAAGGAAAACCGCUCCAUCCUGUAAAGGACAGCUGGACAAUUACAAGUGUUCUCAGUGCAGUGAGAUCUUUUCAAAGCCAGGUGCUCUGAAACACCAUUUUAAAAACAGCCACAGUGAGAAGGACCUGAAACGUCCGUUCUCCUGCUCAGAGCCAGACUGCCAGUUCAGCAGCACAGAUCGUCAGGAAUAUCAGGCCCACUUGACGGCCAUGCACGCUCUGACUCUAAUCCCCUGCACCUACCGCUCCUGUAGACUGUCAUUUCUGACACGGGGUGACAUGGAAAGUCAUUGGAAGGGCCACAUGCCCUUUGGCUGCUUUCACUGCCAGUUUGUUGCUCAAAAUGUGAAAGACCUCAGCGACCACGUCUUGGAGAGCAAUCACCUGCCAAAUUACGCUGAAGGGAACAAUCCUGAGCCCACAACGGCACACACUGAUGGAAACCACCUGCCUGAAGUCUCUGUCAGGCCAAAAAGAAAGCAGAGAUCCGACCCCAUUUGUGUGUCGUCAUCAUCACAAGAUGGGUGUGUCGAAGAUGUCGAGAGUCAAAGGGACGAUAUGAAACGAGCAAGACAAGAAGUAGAUAACAUCACACCUUCAGCAGUGGAUGCUACACCACUGCCAUCCAAAGAAUAUCUUGCGGAGGGAUCAGAGCAUAUUUAUCGCACCCACACCUGCCCAAAGUGUCGCCGCUGCUUCAAGAUGCGCUCUCACCUGCAGGAGCACCUCCGUCUGCAUUACCCCGACCCCAGCCUCCAGUGUCCCACCUGUAAGCGAUACUUCACCAGCAAAAGCAAACUUCGCAUACAUCGGUUGCGUGAGGCGGGUGAGAAGGUCCAUCACUGCCACCUGUGCGAGUAUUCUGCUGUGGAGAGGAACGCAAUCCGCCGCCACCUCGUCAGCAUGCACGCUGAUGAGACGGAGGACGGCAAGAGCAGUCACAGCUACCUGUGUCCCACGUGUGGUCAAAGCUUUCACCAGAGCAGGACGCUCAAAGCUCACAUUAAGACGCACCACAUCCCAUCAGACAGCCAGUCGCUGGCCUGCUUUCAAGAGGGUUGCUCUUUCCAGAGUUCUGUGCGCAAAGACUUUAUUAGACACACUGCUGAAGUGCAUGGGGUCACCGCAGUAGAAUGUCGCCACCACGCCUGCGGAGCCGUCUUUCAAAGCGACAUGGACAUGGAGGCUCAUUAUCGAACGCACCUGGCCUACCACUGCUCAGAGUGUGACUUCUCUUGCUCCAAUAAGACUGCCUUCCUCCAGCACCAGCGGCUCGGCCACCCAGGGGACGAAAAGCUUUGCUGUGACUUUUGCUCCUUUGGCACGUUUAACCCUGUGGAGUUUGAGCAGCACAUUGGACAUCUGCACGCCAACGAGAAGAUCCAUCGCUGCUCUCAGUGCAGCUACGUGACUUCGCAUAAACGUGGUUUGAAGCGACACAUGCUGAUGCAUAGUGGUGAGGAUGGAAUCAGCGUUGUUCUGAUGGUUUUCUGUCAUGACUAUCACCUUAACGUAUUCAUGAUCUUAACAUUUGCUGUUUAGGGAGUUCUUG